AUGACUAAUUCAAAAAAUGAUCAAAACAAGGAGAGAAGUGACAGGAAUUCGAACCGAAGUCCUCCUCGAAACGACAGAAUUCAAAAGAAAGUUGAAAAAGAGGAAAUGACUCUAGAUGUGACUCAAGAAAUGUCUGAAAAAUCAUCACAAAAAUUCCAAAUUGAUAAAGAAAAAGGAAGUGAACAACACCAGAAUAAGAUCAUUUUAUCGGGUUACUCGACGAGGAGAGUCAGAUAUAAAAAGAGUGAACCAGAUGAGAAAUCAGUGAAUAUCGAUGCGGAUCUAGUGAGAAAUAAUGAUAAAACAUUGAGAGAUGAGGACUGGUUUCUUGAAAAGAUUGAAAAGUGCAAAUCGAAGAAACUGCAACGAACAUGCGUAUGCCCAUUCCCUCCGUGUUACCGUAUUGUCGAUGCAAUCGAUGGAUUAAAAGGGAAAUGGCAACGAGUGAAACGUGUCUCUUUCUUGUGUUGUUGUCCACCGUUCUGUUGUCUCAUUCAGAGGAGUGCAUUCUGGCCGCCCCGCCGUGAAUACUACUUCUUCAAACCGCCUCCAAAUGACAUUUCAUUCGAAGUGAACGAAGAAUCGGAAGCGAUUUUAAUGAGGGAUCGAAAGAAGAAAUUGAAGAAAUUGAAGAGAGCGAAGGCGUGUAUUCCUGGAGAAAUGUAUCGUUUCGGGCUGAGUCAUCCGUGUGCAGAAGACGUCAAACACGCGAGAGGAUUCGCAUUGAAAACUGCAAAUGGAAAUACGAUAGCAUGUAUCCAUAUCCCGUGUCCAGAUGUCUCCUCUUCACCUCGUUUCACUCUUUUAUACUCUCAUCCGAAUGGUUCUGAUCUUUCGGAUCAUCUCGUCGGAGUUCCCUCACUGAUAGAUUUGGCUCGAUUCUAUCGGUGUGAAGUGUACAGUUAUGAUUACUCUGGAUACGGGAUUAGUGGCGGAAUCGCUUCCGAACACAAUCUAUACGCUGACAUUCGAGCCAUCUAUCAGUAUAUAACAAUGGAGAAACACGUGGAUCCGAGUCGUAUCGUUCUUCUUGGAUUCUCAAUUGGAUCAGCUGCGACUGUUGAGUUGUUAAAAGAGGAAAAAGAUCGGAAACCGCCAGCUGGAGUGAUUCUACAAGCCCCGCCCACUUCACUUCUUCGAGUUUUCGGAAAUAUGAUUGGAAGGAAGAAGCAUUUGGAGAAGCCCACUUGCUGUCUGGAUCGAUUUGUUACCAUUGAUAAAAUUCAUGAAAUCACGAUUCCAAUUCUUGUAAUUCAUGGAAAAGAUGAUAAAACUGUUCCGAUUGAACACGGAGAGUUGAUAUGUCAGAGAGCAGUUACAAAGGUCACUCCUGAAUGGGUUCCCGAUGCAGCACAUGACAAUAUUGAAAAUUGUCGAGUUGUUUGGAAACGAAUUCGGAAAUUCAUCAGAGAGUGA